CUACUUUGUAUCCAGGAGGGAAUUCACACCACACAGGCUCAUCUAGAGGUGAGUAAAGAAAAGCUGUCUCCACAUCCAGGUGCUUCAGUUCUAGGUCCAUCGCAUUAGCUGUGCUGGCCACCACAUGGAAUGCAUCAAACUGCAGAGUGGGAGAGAAGGUGGGGCCUCUCUCCUCCACUGGCUACUCAAAGCCACGCACCACUAUCCUAGCCUUGAACUUGUGAGCUCUGAUCGCAAAAACCCACUUGAUGGACAAUACUCGCUUCCUGGCUGAGAUACUCGCUUCCUGGCUGAGCUGCGAGUCACUGUCUUAUACACAUUCUUGUCGCGCACACUGUUCAUCUCACGAUCCAUUGCUUCUUGCCAUCUAUGCUUCAGUGGACUACGCAUUGCCUGUGCGUAAGACCUGGGCUCGCCCAGCAGCCGCGCAAGCGCCAAGUCACGUCUCAGAUCCUCAUCUAUUCCAGUAGUCAUGAUUCACACACAGAAAACAGUGAGUGGAUGCACACUCGUCUCACGCACAUACAGCACAUAACUCAAGGCACACACGCACAUCACACACAGAUGCACACAUGCCGAUGCACACGUACACACACAUGCACACGCACAUGCACAUCUACCCGUACUCACUCUCCGAGCCCUCUGUCUCCCCCUCUGUCUCCAAACGCACUCUCUCAUGCUCGUCGAUCUCCUCUCCUCUCAAGCUCGGCGUCUAGCCCAGCUUCUCCCUGACGAGUUCGUUGACCUUCUCUUGCCGCUCGCGCUGAGCCUGCUGCCUCCUGGCCAAUGUGCUGCCGGUCAGUUGGGGUGUCCGCUUCUUGAUGUACUCCUGCAGGGUGGGCAGCUCUUUCUGCACGUCUGCUCUGACGGCGUUGACCUGCCGCUGGCCGCAAUUGGAGAAGUCGUAGCCCUCCUCGUCUCGCUUGGGUGGCUGCACCUUGCGCCGCAGAUUGUAUCUGCCGCCCCCUCUGUCGCGCUGGUCUCCUUGUUGUUGUGGUUGCUGUACAGCUGGUGGUGGGGUUGGUGGGGGUGGUGGUGAGGAUGAUGGGCCGUCACGCUGUGGCUGGGUCUGCGGGAUGGGCUGGGGUCGUGGGGUAUUGUUGGUGUUGGUGGGUGCGGGGGGGGUCGGGGUGUUGUUGGCGUUGGUGGCAGGCGUGGGCAUGGGGGAAGGUGGGGUCGUGGAGCUCGACAGCGACGGGACGCGGGUGUUGAACUGCAGACGCUCGUCACCCACACGCUCACACACCGUGUCACCUCCUCCCUCAUGCCCGUGUUGCCCGUGUGUCCUCCCCGUCCCACUCUCGUCUACCCAUGGGGCUGGUGUGGGGUUCAUCAUGCGCUCCUGUCGCUCCUUGAAGGGGAAUCGGGUCUCGUCCACCGUCACCUCCGCAGUCUCGAUCACCUUGUUCGUGUUGGGGUCGAGGACGCGGUAGGCGCCCUUCAUGUUCGGAACCACGCCCAGCAUCACCAUCACCUUGCUCUUGGGCUGCAAUGCCGUCCGCUUCUCCUUCCUCUGGUGCACGAAUGCCGCCGACCCGAAGAGGAACAGGCCUUUGAUGCUCGAUUUGGUGCCGUAGAGGGCGAAGUGGGGAGAGGUGAUCUCGCCGUCGGGAAGCUGCACCGCCUUGGACACAACGAUGUUGUGGAUCUUGACGGCAUAUUCGAGCGCGUAGGGCCAGUAGGCGAGGGGCAUGCCUGCGUCUGCGAGGAUCGCCCUCACCAUGCUCAUGAUGAUGUCGAUCCUUCUCUCCACGACGCCGCCCUGGUGCCGCUUGUGUGGGGCGUCGAACUGCUGCCGGAUGCGCCGCUCCCUGCAGUACUUGGCCAAGGCGCCGUACCGGAACUCCUUGGCGCCGUCGCUCCGCAGCGUCUUGAUCUCACUCCUGACCUGCUCGUACUUGCUCACACACUCCGUGAUCUUCUUGCGCGAUGUGACAGUGAAGGCGGUGGUGUGGCGGGUCUUGUCAUCCGUCAGCAGGAAGAAGCCCGUGUGGCCCUUGAUCGACGUUGGCAGGGGCUUGUGGUCGAGGUGCACCAGGUCGAAAGGCUUCUCCGCUCUGGUGCCGGGGUCCUUGCACACAUUCUUGAGGCGCAUCUUGCCCGCCAUGCACCAAUCACACACGCCCUUGUCACCUGGUGGCUUGAUCACGGGCAUGUCCUCGACGAACUUCUGCGUCUUGGCCAGCUUGUCGUAGCUGACGUGGCAGCACAGCCUGUGCGUACGGAUGGCCGCCUCCUUGGUCUUGUCGCUCGUGGCCGCCGUCAGCGGUGGGGCGGGUGGGUUUGCGGAUGGGGGUGGGGCUUUUGCGGGUGAGGGUGGGAUCGGUCCGGCGCACAGGUAGUACAGGUUGCCUUCCAUGCGGAGAGCGAUGGUGUGCUGCACUGAGCCCCUUGCAGAAACGAUGAGUACCCAUGCACUCGAUCGAGGAUACCCGCAGACAGCAGGUUGACAGACAGGCCGGGUACGUAGAGCACGUUGCCGAUCCGCACGGGAAGCUCACGGCCGUCCGUCUGCCGCACGAGCAUCUGGAUGGUGCCCACACCCUCCGCUGUGGUCGUCUGCCCCGUCACCGAGCGAAUGCGGUACUUUGUGGUUGGCUCGAUGUUGGUGAAGUACCUCUUGUCCCACACGCAGUGCCGCUCUGAUGCGGAGUCGUGCAUGAUCCGCUGGUCCUUGACAUUGGAGAGCGUGGCCGCCACACACGUCUCGACGAUGAUGUCCGUCUCGCUCUCGUUGUUGUCGACCAUCUCCACCUUGGCAUGCGACGCCAUGCCGACGUCCUGGGUCUCCUCCACGAUGUAUGACGACUCGAAGAGGGGCGAGUCGUCGCACUCCCCAAACGCCACGUUGACGUGGGUGCCGCCCCUUCUGCCACGGGAGCCCCCGCUGCCCCCUCUCGACGGCUGAUAGCCGCCACGGCCGCCUCUGCCGCGAUACCCUGGGGGAACCCAGCCGGUGGGCCACUGCACCCUCUCGCGCUCCUCGUCUGCUCUGAGGAUGAAGCAGUGCCGCCAGCCGCCCUUGUGUGCCUUCUGGCAGUAGUCGCACUGCACGACGGCAAGGGGCUUGCCGUUGUCCGUCUGGCCGCCAUUGGCUGUGAAGCCCCCUCUGCCGUUGCCCAUCUUGCCGCCUCUGCCGCGGCUCACGCCCCUGUGGCCGCCUCUGCCUCUGCUGGUGCCCCUGCCUCUCCCGUUGUGCUGGUUGCCGCUCCACGACUUGACAUUCGCCGUCAUGGAGAUGUUGCCGCCGUUCUCUCUGUUGUGGUCGUCGGCGUAGUUGAUGAGCACCUGCUGGAACUCAUCCCAGUUGCUGCCAGCCGAUUGGCCGUGGAGGUACUUGAUGAAGUCCUCCAGGGCCGUCUUCCGGAUGGCCCGCUUCAUGAUGUCGAUCUUGAUGUGCUCGUUGAUGUCCUGCCCGAGCGCCUUCGCCCGCGCGCACAGCUUGUUGAAGCGCGCCAGCUCGAGCUGCACGUCGAUGCUGGUCAUCUCGAAGUCGAUCACGUCCUGCACCGACUUGCCCUUCAUGGCCUUUCGGUCUGACGCAUAUGCCGACGCCAGCCGAUAGAAGAGCAACGCACCCUUGCCCUCCUUCUCCGUGUCGCCCUUCCAUUCCACCACUGCCGCAGACACAAUCUCCUGUGCCUUGCCAUUGCAUCCGCAGAUCAGCCAGGUCCAGGGGUCCUUGAGGGCCUGGUGCUCCUUGGAGGGACUGCGGGUGCUGGCUGGGCCACUCUCGGCACUCGCGCUGGGCGUGGGGAUGAGGCUCCCCUCUGUCGAUCCGGCCUCCCACAGCCCGGGGGCCUGGUCUUUCUCUGCCUCAGUCGUGGGCAGCAGCUGCUCCAAUGACCUGGCCGUCAUCAGACCUUGCAGCUUCAUGUGGAA